CUCCCCCUGAGGAGCGGGGGAGGCCCCGCCCCGCCGCGCUGCGCUUUAGCUGGGCGCGGACUCUUCAAGAGCGGCAGUGUGAGCCGUGGCGGGCGCCGUGCCGUGCGGGGUUGAGGCGGCGCCGGCGCCGGUGCCGCUGCGGAGAGCCCGCCGGACGCGAAGGGUGCUGCUAAUCACAACAUGAAGACGCUCCUUUCAGGAUUUAGGCAGAUUCUGUUGAGGUUUGCUGUAAACUACCUACCGUAGCUAUAAUGACACCAGCUCUCAGAGAGGCAACAACAAAAGGUCAUGGUAUCCACUUGUCACCUUCUUUGUCCUCUAGAGCUAUGGAGUCUGAUACAGCUUUGUGCAUGGAAAAUUCCAGAGCAGUGGAAGAGAAGAUAAAAGAGGACUCCAUCGCACGGAUUACUUGCUCAGUCCUGGGGUUCCCCACUGCUGAGCCCAACCUCAGGAAUGAUAUCUUCAGUGUGCAGCAUUUUGGUUCCCCACCAUCCUCCAAGUGCUAUCAGUCUGUCUUGUUAAUGAGUACAAAUUCUGCGUUUAACAACAAAACUGGUAAGCAAACAAAAGCAGGAGAGCCUGGCUGCUCCAAGAUGAGAAAGUCAUUACAUAAUGGGGCUGACACAUCACUUGGUCACAUUAGUCACUCAGAACCUGAGCAACAGGUCAAAGGGGCAGCGUUUUCAGAGACCACAUCUCCAAACUUGGCAGGAAUGCGGAGACUUACAGGCUCAAGUGUAACUGAAUCCAGUAACGCAGAAGAAAUGCAACUUUUAAAUGGUAAAUGGUACAAGAAGAAUGGGGUUUUGGGUAGGGCUUUGGAAGUCUGCACUGAAACAAUAAAAGGGGAUUUAUUACACCAAAUUCUUCACGGGCCUUCAGAAGGGAUUUUGAGCUGCACCCAGGAGGAGGUGUAUGCUCGCUUACUCCAGUGUGUCACUAAGCAACAAAUGGAAAUCAGUCGCGCCAAAAGAACUCAGAAGCGUUUACAAAUGCUCCUGGCAAAGCACGUUAUCAAACACUGCGAUCAGCAGCUGAAAUGCUUUGUGAAACAUCAGCUUCAGAGAAUGAAGGUUUUCCAUGAGCCAGCUAGAUUUUUGAGCAGUGGCUCCCUCAGAUGCACUGAAGGUUGGCCGGAAAACAACACAACUCCUUCGGAGAGUAGUUUGGGUGUGGAUGUACAGAACGGAGUUAGCGUCGCACCAGGUGAAAUCCGGGGCUUUGCACUUUCUACUGGAGGGCUGCUGUCUCGUGUGGAGAAGGACCUGGACUCUGAUGCAACGUGUAGCAGCUCAGAUGAAGAUGGUGAGGAACAGACUGUGGAAGCCAGCUAUACUUCUGAAUGGAAGUGGCUUGCAGACAGAGCUAGAAUUGGCAGCCGUUGGACAUGGCUUCAAGCCCAGAUUUCAGAACUAGAAUACAAAAUCCAGCAACUAACUGACCUUCACAGGCAAAUACGUGCCACCAAGGGGAUGGUGGUCUUAGAAGAAUUCCCAUUUCCAAAAGACAUUUUGAAGAAGCAGAUCCAAUUGACAGAGCAAGAAGCUUUAUUAAACGCCACAGGGAAUUCCCAAGCUGCCAUUGAGAGCCAGGAUUCUUUGCCGGAGCAUGACUUUGAAAUGUCACCCAGCAGCCCUACUCUGCUUUUACGAAACAUAGAAAAACAGAGUGCACAACUAAGUGAAAUCAUCAGCAGCCUAAUUGCUCCACUCAAUCUGUCUCCAGCUUCUUCAUCUCUUUCAUCCAAGACCUGUAGACACAGACAGCUGGUCAAUGGUAUCUCCUUCAGAGCUUCAGACAACAGAGAGGUUUCCUCUUCAAGCAGCUGGCUGCUUGACCAUCAGCACAUCAAGAAAAGAAGAAGAGACAGGACAAGGCUCAGAUCUGUCUCUGUGACUAAUGUGAGCACAUCUGCCCGAACAAGGCCACUUCACAGUUUCCAGAAGAGGAAACUCUACAGAAUGCACAGUGCCUGUCACUGGAAUCAGCAGACUUUUCCAUCUAGAGAUGCCUCCUUUCCAUAUAAAACUCAGUUGCCAUGUGUGGUGCCAGCCUCCACUUUCAGCAGCAGUGAAUACAGCACAGAAUCUAAAAUCCUCGAUUAUGUGCAAGAGCUGGACUCUUCCUUCCAUCCAGUCUUAUCAUUCCCUUCAGAUAUUCCUCUUCACAUAUACUUUGAAACAUUAUUAAGGAAGGAUGACAUCAAAGGAGAACCUGCUGAUACCUCAUCUUUGGGAGGAGAGUUUAAAGUAUCUGCUGACAAUGACUACAAUCCACAUGCUUCUGUCAAACAGUGGAGCACUGGCUGUUUGUCUAAUUCCAAAUCUCAGUUGGUGUUAGGAACACCUGAGCAGCUGUCAGAAGGAAGAAAGAAAAGGCAUCUAAGUGAGACAGCAGUAGGCGAAAGUAGCGCUCGGUUUGAGGCAUUCUCCUUCCAACAUGCAGAGCCCGAGUCCCACAACAGCUUUACUCCCUCCAGCAGUGUCAGUGCCAUGUCUCGGCCCUCUCACAGCACUUCAUCACAGCAUAACUCCAGGAGGAGGUUGAGAAGUGAGAGCUCCUAUGAUAUAGACAACAUUGUUAUUCCCAUGUCACUGGUGGCACCAUCAAAGCUGGAGAAACUACAGUACAAAGAAAUCCUUACUCCAAGCUGGAGAGUUGUUGAACUUCAACCUUUAGAAAAAUCUCAAACAGAUGAAGAAGAGGUGGAAGACCUGUCAGACAAAGCCUUUUCCUUGCGCCACACCAAGUACGAGGAACGAGAGCGUGCCAGGUGGUCGCUGUGGGAGCAGAGCCGCUGGCCCAGGAGGAACAGCAGAUCUUACAGCAAAAACGCUGAUGGUCGACACAGCCAGGACGUGGUGCAGAAAGACCAUUGCACUGCUGACCCUGCUCCUGACCCAGCUUUGGAAGCCCACGGCUCUGUUUGUUCAGGGAUGGCACCACUCUGCAGGGAGAGCCAGGAAGAGAAGUCUGGGCUGUGGGAACUUCGAGUUUUUCCACUAAACGAUGAAGAGGUAGAAGCUUUACUGUGCCAAGAUCAAGUAACAAAUCAGAAUGAAAUGUCAAGUGCAACUUUCCCCAGCAACUCUUCCUGCACUCCAGGCACGCCCACUGCUUUGCCAGACAAUGGCCAUGCACCAAGAAAACAAUCUACCCAAGAGUCAGAAGACUGCAAAAGCAUUUGCCCAGGAAGCAACAGUACAAGGAAACAAAGGUGACAGGGAAUAAUGUGGUUCAUUAAGAAAGCCAAUUAAGGUGGAGAGAAGUGUAAGGUAAAAUCUCUCGUUCACACAGCAUAUGACAGCACAAUUCAAAACCUUUAUGUUAGCUGCGUAUAAUAUAUUUUCUUUCUUGCUUUGUAACAGGCAGGAUAAAUCCCAAAGACAACACUUUCUUCUUCCUGAACCCCAAGAGAAAGUAAUUAUUUCAAGCUGGAAGUCUAAUAUUCCCAAUGUUGGGAGUGGGCGCACAUAAAUUGCUGGCACCAUUCACUUUCUGUUGUCAUAUUGCCACAUUUGUCAAUACUCAUCCUUUUCUGUUUGUUUGUUUUCAAAUGCAUAUCUGGUUCUGGUGGACUCUGGUGCAGCAGGAGAUGCUGUCUACCUUAUCCAGCAACUUCAACUGAACACAGAAAAACUACUUGAAAAUAGUGGGGAUAAGCAUUAGCCUCAGAUUAUUCUCCUGUGUGGCAUGACCAUAGGGCACAAACCUGUCUCUCUAACUGCACGUGUAAGGUAAGGGGAGGUGAGAACCAGCACUUCAAACCAGGGCACCUGGAAGCCUUGCAUCUAGCUUAAGUCAUGGCUCUCAGUAGUGCCAGGGCACGUUUCAUGGUGAAAUCCUCAAGCAAUAAGGUAGAAGUAGCUACUGCAUUGGCACAGUCAAUGUAUCUGACACAGGGGGAAGCAGGGUCUCUGCUUUGGGCCUGUGGGGAGGGAGAGACAGGAGGAGAGAGGGGUCGAGCCAAAUCAGUGACACAGCCUAUGGAAUGCUGUGGUUUGGAUCAUCUUAUUUCCUUAGUCCCUCAGUAGCUAAUGAGGCUCAUAAUACUUUGCUUUAAUCUGUUAAAGUCUUGUUCCAAUUUCUCUACAGUGCCUUGUAAGAGUCUCGUAAGUAUGCCAACAUUUGGUGACUAGCUGGAAAGGAAAAGAUGAUUGAUGUCUUGAAGAGCAAUAAAAAAAAAGCCCCAAAGCUUUCCAUUGUGAUUCUGGAUAGAUUUCUCAUUUCCCAGUGCAUGCACAGUGAGAAAACAAAGGCAAGUUGUUUAAAACUUGCAUCUGAAUAGCAUAGCUUGGAAUGUAUCUGCAAUCCCAAGAGGUAUUAACAAAGAUUAAACAUUGAAUGUAGGUGUAAUCCAUCAACAGGCAGUUUUUCUGUGUAGGACAGUUGAAGGCAAUUUAAUAGGAGUCUCUGUGCAGUUUUCUUCCAUGUGUAAUAUCUGGAAUGGCACUGGACAGAUGACCCAGUUUUAGUGUCAAUUUUUUUUUUUUUUGGUCAAAAUGACAGGAAAUACACACUGGGCAUAUGAAAACAGUUCAGUAAAGUUUCAACACUACAUCCUAUUGCUACAUUGUAGUUUAUUGCACAUUCUGAUUAUUUUUUUAAACACUUUUUUAACACUGGUUUGUCUUAAACUUGAAUCUUGCCUCAAUGUCUGAUACAAUAAUCUUUGAUGCAAGGUUGGUUUUUUAAUUAAAAGUUAUUUCUAUA